AUGGCUUCUACUUCCCUGACAUCCUGCGCCUGUGCCAGCAAGAGCUCCCAGCUGUGUGCCGCCUGCAGGAACGUGGUCUAUUGCAGUCGGGAGCAUCAGAAGGAGCACUGGAAGAGGGGUCACAAGUUGGAGUGCAAGUGCUAUGAGGUGGCCACCAAUGAGAUUUUGGGCAGGCAUUUGCGAUCCACCAGGGAUAUCAAGAUUGGCGAGCAAAUCCUGAAGGAGGCUCCACUGGUUCUGGGUCCCAAGGUGGCCUCUGCUGCUCUGUGCCUGGGCUGCCAUAGGAACCUCUUGGCUCCUGGCAAUCGGCAAGGCAACUACUACAAGUGCAGCUCCUGCAGUUGGCCUCUGUGCGGAAAGGAGUGCGAGAACUCCCAUCAUCAACCUGAAUGUCAGCUCAUGAAGGGCAGUAACUUCCAGUCCAAAAUUAAUUACACACCGGGUGAGGAGGAGCGCAAGGAGUCAGCUUACUGUGUGAUCAUGCUGUUACGUUGCAUGCAACUCAAGAACAAGGAUCCGGAGGCAUUCGCUCGACUCUCCGCCCUGGAAGAUCACCUCAAAGAGCGACUGGAAACUCCCCUGUAUCAGGUGCUACGAGCCAAUCUCAUUACAUUCAUCAAGACUGUAUUGGGAAUGAGGGACUGGUCGGAGCUGGACAUCCUUCGGAUUGCAGCUAUAUUGGACACAAACACCUUUGAGAUAAGGCAGCCCAGGGAGAGGAAAAUUCGGGCCCUUUUCCCGGGAGCCGCUAUGAUCUCUCACGACUGUGUGCCCAAUAUGAGGCACCGCUUCGAUGAUGACCUGAACAUAGUGUUUCUGGCCAAAAGGAAGAUAGCCAAGGGAGAGAUCCUGAGUAUAUCCUAUACCCAGCCGUUGAGGAGCACGAUCCAACGAAGGGUUCAUCUAAGGCAGGCCAAGUGCUUCGAUUGCUCCUGUGCCAGGUGUCAGGAUCCCGAAGAGCUGGGCAGCUUUGCCGGGGCACAAACGUGUCUAAAAUGCAAGGCAGGAAAGAUCAUCUCCUUGAAUCCUUUACAAAACGCUGCCAAUUGGAAGUGCCAGCUGUGUAACCUCAAGACCGCCAAGGAGGUGCUCACUGUGGAUAACCAACUUCAGCAGGAACUGGAAUCCCUGGACAAGACCACCCCAGUAGCUCUCGAAGACUUCAUCUAUCGUCACCGUGCGGAUCUCCAUGAGACCAAUACCCAUAUCCUGCAAGCUAAAUAUGCUCUCACUCAGUUGUAUGGCAGUGCUCCUGGUUACGCCAUGGAUGAUUUAUCGGAAGAAUCACUCACCAGAAAAGUGCAACUGUGCGAAGAACUUCUUAAGUUGGCCGACAUUUUCGACGGUGGCUGGAGUAUUUUUCGGAAUCUUCUUAUUGAUAUGGAGGAAGCUCUAGUGGCACAGGCUUUACGUUCGGAGGAGCCACAGGAGUGCGAGGAGAAGCUCAGACAAGCAGCAGAGUUGCUUAGGGAAAUCAGAAAUAUCAUGAAACAUGAACCGGAAAUGCAACAAUUACUUGUAGAACGUCAAGUAAUUCUGAAUUCAGCCUUAGAACGCUUUGAAGAAGUCAAGGAUUAA